AUGGCCCUCCGUGAGCAGCUCAAAGUGCUCAAACAGAAGGCGAAGUUGCUAGUGAUGUCGGAAAGGAAAUUAUUUAGCCAGAAAGCGGGGAUUAAGCACCUUUUUCUUAGCGAUAAGAACACUGUUUUCUUCCACUCUAUGGUUAAGACUAACAACUCUCGGAAUACUAUCUCUUUCCUAUGCAGGGAGGACAGCUCCAUCAUGGAUGAUCAGGACGAGAUUAUUGAGAGUUUUGUGAACUUCUACAAAUGGCUCUUUUGGACGGCAAAAGACGCACAACCGGCAAGAUCGGAGGUGCUUGAGAACGGUCUCAGAUUGAAUGAGGAGGACAGGGAAGGGCUCGUCCGGGAUGUCACAAUUCAGGAAAUUAAGGAUGCAUUGUUCAACAUCGAUGAGGGGAAAGCUCUGGGGCUGGAUGGAUUCUCAACGGCAUUCUUCAAGAAGAAUUGGACAAUCAUCGGGGAGACUCCGUUGAAGCGGUCAAAGAAUUUUUCCAUACGGGUCAGCUUCUCAAGAGCCCCAAUACGACCAUCAUUGCCCUCAUCCCUAAGACGAACAACAAUCCCAAAGUGGGGGACUUUCGACUAA